AGGUUGGUUUUGAUUUUUCAAUUUCUCCUAUUUUUAUUUCCUUCUUGUCCUUUUCUUUCUUUUUUAAACUAGAAUAGGUUGCACAGGGGGGGCAAUUGAAAAAAAUUUUUUUACGUCGGCUUUUGUUUACCUGGCGAGCGUGGCAGCCAGCUCGCUCCCUCUCCCCGCUUGCUAUCCCUGACCUUUCUUUCUUUUUGCUCCUUUUCAAAAAAAAUAUUAAUUUUCCCCUUCAGUGCAAUGGAGCGUGGGGGGGCCGGGGGGGAAGGGUUUGAGAAUCCACCCAAGCCCGGCCCCCAUUCCCCAGAACACCAAUAAUAACCCCCUUUAAAACAUUUACCUUCCUCCCGCCCCUCCUCCUCCCCUCCCCCACCCGCCCCCAACUCACAACUCUGUGGACUGGGAAUCUGGGACCGAGGAGCGUGGGGCUUGGCCGGGUGCUUCAGACCGAUGGAUGAGUUCCACCCCUUCAUCGAGGCGCUGCUGCCGCACGUCCGCGCCUUCUCCUACACCUGGUUCAACCUGCAGGCGCGGAAGCGCAAGUACUUCAAGAAGCACGAGAAGCGCAUGUCCAAGGACGAGGAGCGCGCCGUGAAGGACGAGCUGCUGGGCGAGAAGCCCGAGAUCAAGCAGAAAUGGGCAUCCCGGCUGCUGGCCAAGCUACGCAAAGACAUCCGGCCCGAGUUCCGCGAGGACUUCGUGCUGACCAUCACGGGCAAGAAGCCGCCCUGCUGCGUGCUGUCCAACCCCGACCAGAAGGGCAAGAUCCGGCGGAUUGACUGCCUGCGCCAGGCCGACAAGGUGUGGCGGCUGGACCUGGUCAUGGUGAUUUUGUUUAAGGGGAUCCCCCUGGAAAGUACUGACGGGGAGCGGCUCUACAAGUCGCCCCAGUGCUCGAACCCCGGCCUGUGCGUGCAGCCCCAUCACAUUGGAGUCACAAUCAAAGAACUGGAUCUUUAUCUGGCUUACUUUGUCCACACUCCGGAAUCCGGACAAUCAGACAGUUCAAACCAGCAAGGAGAUGCGGACAUCAAACCACUGCCCAACGGGCACCUCAGCUUCCAGGACUGUUUUGUGACUUCUGGGGUCUGGAACGUGACAGAGCUGGUGAGAGUGUCUCAGACCCCUGUUGCCACGGCCUCAGGGCCCAACUUCUCCCUGGCGGACCUGGAGAGCCCCAGCUACUACAACAUCAACCAGGUGACCCUGGGACGGAGGUCCAUCACCUCCCCUCCUUCCACCAGCACCACCAAGCGCCCCAAGUCCAUCGAUGACAGCGAGAUGGAGAGCCCGGUGGACGAUGUGUUCUACCCCGGCACUGGCCGCUCCCCAGCAGCCGGCAGCAGCCAGUCCAGCGGGUGGCCCAAUGAUGUGGACGCAGGCCCGGCUUCGCUAAAGAAGUCAGGAAAGCUGGACUUCUGCAGCGCCCUCUCCUCUCAGGGCAGCUCCCCGCGCAUGGCUUUCACUCACCACCCACUGCCUGUGCUUGCUGGAGUCAGACCAGGGAGCCCGAGGGCCACGGCCUCCGCCCUGCACUUCCCCUCCACGUCCAUCAUCCAGCAGUCCAGCCCGUACUUCACGCAUCCGACCAUCCGCUACCACCACCACCAUGGCCAGGACUCGCUGAAGGAGUUCGUGCAGUUUGUGUGCUCCGAUGGCUCAGGCCAGGCCACUGGACAGCCCAACGGUAGCAGCCAGGGCAAAGUCCCGGGGUCCUUUUUGCUCCCACCGCCGCCUCCAGUGGCCCGACCUGUGCCCCUUCCUAUGCCUGAUUCCAAAUCCACCAGCUCGGCCCCAGACGGCGCCGCCUUGACUACUCCGUCACCUUCAUUCUCAACGACAGGCGCCCCCUCUGCCAACCGGUUUGUCAGCAUCGGAUCCCGGGACAGCAACUUUCUGAACAUCCCGCAGCAGUCUCAGUCCUGGUUCCUCUGAUAAGAUCGACAAAGAAACUACAAAAUGAAAAGAAGAGGUUCCUCGAGGGGGGAGAAAAAUUUUGAGACAUGGAAAAAAUCCCCCAGCCCAGCCCAGCCCAGCCCAGCCUAGCCCAGCCCAGCCCAGCCCCACCGAAAAAAAGCAAAAAUUAGACGUCGUCAGCAGCCACUCAGCCCUUCCCUCUUCCUCCUCCUCCGCCCGGGGACCCCCGAGGCCCCGAAGCAGCCCAGUUCUCAGAGACCCCUGGAAGGGGUCUCGGUGGGGCUGUACCCCGGCAGCCGAGCAGAAAGAACCAAGCACAGCAGGCUCUGCCAAGCAGAGGACAGCGGAAGGAACGGACGCGGCCGGACUGCCUCCCUCCCCGCCCCUCGGCCACAGCCAGCACCUGCCCCGGGGGACCCCACCCUCCCUCAGGCCCAGCUCCGCGGGGAGCCCGGAGGACCAGCCUGGGAGAUGCUGGGUGCAGACCCUAGGACCCCUCCUGCCCCUCCUCCUGGUCUUGGCCCUGGCUUCUCCUAGCCGCCCUGGUGUGGGCUCGGGUGAACCCCGAGUGGAGGGUGGCCCUGCCACCCCCUCUGGCUGUAGGGGCAGCUCCGGGCCAGGCCCUUCUCCCCUCUCCCCACGCAGGCCAGGAGCCGAGGGAGGUGGCCCCUGGCUGCCCCACACCCCAACCCAGCAUGCAGGCGCCCCACAAGCGGGGGCCCGGUGCAGAGUGGAGCAGAGAGGGGACUCGGAGCCCAGCGAGGAGGACGAGGCAGCCGCCACUGCUCGCCCAUAGGUAGGCGUCCUGCGGGCCGCCACCGCCCAGAGAUUCGUCCCCGGGCGAGAGCGUCUGCAGCCCUCCGGCCCCGCCCCGCCCCGCCGCCCCCUCUGCUCUUCGUGUGUUUUUUCCUCUCCAUGGGGGGCGGGCGUCCUUCGAGUCCUCGCGGUCGCAGGUGGGGACUCCUCCUCCUGAGCGACUUGAGAACAGUUGGUCACACCCCAUGGGAAGCGGCUCCCCGGCGCCCCCACCCGGGCCGGGUCCUGCCCAGAGGUCCUGCAGGAGCCUGGGGAAGGGGCGCGGCCCUGCGGGGAGCCUCGCCCUCCAACUGGCCUCUCUGUGCCUUACUCCUCCUGCCCGCCCCCUUGGCCCGCUCAGCCCUUGUGCCUCCCCCACGGCCCCCAUCACAGUCUGAACACGCAAAGUGCAGGGCAGGAGCCGCGGAAAGUCAGUCCACGCAGGGUGGGUCCUGGGCUUUAUUUAUUGAGACUCCAGUUUGCAGCCUUGGCCGCGGCAGGCAGGAGAGGGAGGCGCCGUCCGUCCGUCCAUCCGUCGGGGCAGGAAGAGGGCCCGCGGCCGGGCCGGGCGCCCUGAGGCGCCGCGGAGGACGCAGGAUCGGAUCGCGGGGCUCGGGGUGGGGGCCGGGCGGCCGGGCGCGACGCGCGGCCGAAGUGCAAUGAUUUUCCAGUUCGGUUGGCUGAACAGGGUCGGGGAGCGUGGCCGCGUGCGCCCCUCGCGCUCGACGGCGCUCGGGAGGGCGGAAGCUGCAGGCCAGCUGGGCCCGGAGGGGGCGGCGGGGCGAGGCGGGCGCGGGCACCGGGAGGUGGGGAGUGGAGAGGAAAAAACCCACAAAAAUGUAUAUGGAGGAAGUGAACUUUUUUGUUUUUGUUUUCCUUGAAUCAAGUGCAAUGCAUCAGAGUUUUCCUAUCUUUGUAUGUUAAGAGAUUAAGAAAAAGUUCUAUUUUUGUUGUCAUGUCCUCGCGGCUCUGGGGACGCUAAAAGAACCGGGCCUGCCCCGCCCUGCGCGAGGCUAAGGAAAGAUGUUUUUCCUUUUUUUUUUUUUUUUUUUGGUUCGUUUUCAGUUUUAUUUUUAAGACGUUUUCCUGCGUUGACGAGGAUGAUUUGGGGUUUUUGUUUUGUUGUUCGUUCUCGAUUACGGUGGGAGGGCUGAAAGAAACCUCACGUUUUGGGUUGACACACAUGCGCACACACGCACACACCUCACCUCGACAUAAAAACAAACGGAAAACCCACAAGAUCAAAAAGGAAAAAAAGACGAUAACAAAUUACUUUUAGGAUCAUGACACAAAACCCUGGUGCUUCUGACAUUCUAAAGUACGUUCUCCACGACACCCACAAACUACCGUCAGUUUAGGGUCAGUUCCGUAUCCUGCACCUGCUGGGAACCGCGCAUCUCGCUGAGCUGAACGUAGCGGGGCGGUGCGGCCUGGGCUGCGGGGUGCGCAGCCGCGCUCGGCCGCGGGUCUCCCGGGCGCCCCUCCCACCCCGCUCCCGCCCUGACUCGGGGCGCGCGGGGUCCCUGGUCCCCCGCACAGGUCCUUGCCGACGAACAAACACCUCCGCCCCGCCCCGCGACCCCCGAGCGCCCCUCUUUGAGCCAGACGCCAACUUGACCCUCACCAGCAUCGCCAGGAGCGCGCUCCGCGAGGGGGCAACGUCCUCCGCGCCCCGGCCCGGUCCCUUGGCCCCCCCGUCCCUCCACGCCGCGCGCCCAGGCCCGAGCCCGCACGCACGCACGCACACGGCCGCCGCCCCGUCCCCCCCGCCCGCCCCUGCGACUGCCUUACACCCCGCCCGCGCCGGCGGCCGACCUAGUGCCUUGUUCUCACCCCCGUGCUGGCGAGCGGACGCCGCGCCCUGGGCCCCGACGCCCCACCGCUUCUCCACCCGCGCCGGUCGGACCCCUGCCCCCGCCCCGUCCCUACACCCACGAGAGAAAAUACAGGAGCAAUAAAGUCACGAGAACUCUGUCCCCCCAUCGAGAGCCCCUGGGGCUCCCCGGCCCCGCCUCUGCUCCCCCAACUCUCGGGGCGCCCUCUCUCCAUCCCCCGUUCCCUCGCAAGCCAGCUUGGGCCAGCCCCGCUUCUGCCCCUCCUGGGAGAUCCGUGCGCCCGACCAGCACCAGCAUCGCGGACCGCAAGGCCGCCCGUCCCGUCAAACAAGUUUCUUCGUAGGCUAAGAAACGCAGUAUAUACGUAUCUCUAUAUAUAGUACUAAUGGAUUGGUGUGCUCCCCCUUAGCGCCGCCGCCCCCGCGCCCCGCCUGGCCCCCGUCCCGCCCCGUCUCCGCACUGAGAUGCAUAAGAAACAAGGGUAGUUCGCUGUCUGUUUUGUUUUCUGGGUUUUCAGUGUCCUAGCGGAAUGCAAGUAGCCAGCCCGUCUGUCCCCGCCCCGCCCGCCCGCCCGCCGUCACUGCGCUUCUGUUACACCAUCUCCGCCUGACUCUCUGGCUUCUCCAUUGAAUGGCUAAUGUGUAUGUGAAAUAAAGAAAUAAAGAAAAAAAAAAGCAA